AUGCCCAUGCCAUCCCAAUUCCAAGAUUCACCUGAUCAAGCUCUUAGAGCUUCAAUCUCUCGAAUUUCUCAACUUUGCUAUGAUUUACAAAAUACCUUUAAUUUUCUCUCAUCACUCGCGUCCCGUAAUGAGGAGUCAACUUCUGUCUCACCGCCACCGAUCCCACUUCAUUCAAGGCCCGUCCAGACCUAUCUUUCCACUACAGCUCCAUCUAGUUCUUUCGGUCAAAUCUCCCAGCCAGCAUCCGAGAAAAGAACCUUCUUUAAUUCACCCAAAGCCAAUAGUAAUCCGGAGGUAUCAAAUAAUCUGGCCCGCGAGGAUAGGAUCUAUCGACGGCCAUACUCAAAGUCGAUGCCAACAAUUCUCUUGCACUCCAGCCAUGUCUCUGAUCUUUCACGAACCAAAACUCCAUCUAGCCCGUCCCAUGAGAUUCCAGCUUCACCGGCUUCAGAUACUUUGGAAUCAGAACGUGAUCUUCAGGAAAGCAAUCCGCCCAGUAUCAUAAUACACGACGUUGCAGAAUCAGAACGUGAUCUUCAGGAAAGCAAUCCGCCCAGUAUCAUAAUACACGACGUUUCAAUACCAACAUCCUCUGGGCAUUCGGAUUUCAACUCGAUUCGAGAAGGAAUAGAUUAUUUCAAUUAUGUAGAAACUGAUGAAAUAUCUGAGUUACACUUAGAUAAGAUUAGCGAUGAGUCUAAUGCUAUUCGGGAUCAGGCGUCAUCCUCAACUUCUGCUAUCCAAUCGCGACCAGCUAAUAUAGAUUCAACUCCGCCAUCAAUUCCGACUGUGUUGUCUAACUUCAUCUUUGAAUCGCCGCUAGCUUCGUCUCUUGAAACUCAACCCGGUAUCAUAGUGAAUAUCAGUCAUUCUAAAGAAGAUACUUUUGGUAGACCGUAG